AUGGAAAACAGCACUCUCUUCGGCAAACGAUGGUUCGGCAUACGUAACACACGUCCCAACCAACGCAACUUCUGGUGCUGGACACAUUCUUCAAUGGAAGUACCCGUUACACAACCGAAAACGCGCUUUCUAACUGCCUCAUUACGGAUUCGCCGACACCAACCCACGCGAGCUAUGGUUCUGAGACAACGACUGUGUCUCAAGUUAGCAAACGCGGUACGAGCCUUGCAGAUUCGUGCAUUCACCUCAUCUGUCACACUACAGUCAGAACUAAUACAACUUCCAAGAUACGUAAAACGCUCCACAACUUCCAGUGCCUCUCCCUGGAUUGUAAGUGGCGUGUUCAGUGACUGCACGUCCACAAGCAUGACCUUACACUUUGUAGGUGCAAAGUGCAUACAAAUUAAAGGUCGAAAUAGCUCAGUGGUUAAACCGCAAUUUCCGUGGUUCGAACCCAACCUCAGCAUCUCGACUCUAGGCUCGGGCAGUCUGACAAUAUCUCAGCCCCCGUACUUCCUUCAGGUGGCCACUGAACAAGAGCAAGUCGUCCCAAGACCAAGGCCUGAUGCGGUCCCAUUGUCUGUCCUGAUAGAAUUCAUCUGUCAAAAAAUCUACACCGAUCUCAUGAGGCUGGUUGAUUUGCUUCCCAGCAAAACAGACCUUGAAAAAAAGAUUGAAAUAGCAACCUUUUUCAGUCGAACACGACAUUUAAUUAUACGGCUUGAAGCUCUCAUUAAGUGGUCAAACAAUGCGUCUAAGGUUGACAAAUGUGAAAAAAUUUCUAAUUUUCUGGAAGAACAAAGUUUUUUUCUAAUCAAUACAGCCAAUACACUUUCGCGACUAUUACGGGAAACGCUUGUGGGGGCCAGGUUGCCACCAUUUGCUGUUCUGUUGGCGAUUGAUAUUUUCACAAACAGAACAUACACUCGUCUACCGAAGUCCAUAAAGAACUGUACAGGAGCAACGGAAACAGUGGGCAAUAGAGAGCUGAGCCAAGCAUUGCUGGACCUGAACCGCGUGAUUCAAAAUCGUUUAAGUCUGACGCAAAUUCCCAGGCAAUUCAAAAUAAUCAAAAUUGUGAAUGGCCGUGUCCACUUUGUUGUACCCAAUGAGUUUCAUGUCACAUUGACGCUCAUGUCUGAGGCUGUCGAUUUUCCAUGGCGGAUCUUGGACUUGAGGUUUCUCACCAAAGACCCAGUGACCAAUUAUCAGAGUCUCCUGCAUCCUCUCCAACUUCAGUUCAUUCAAACACAAGUGCAAUCACGUCUUCUAUACCGACAAUUCGACAAGCGACCCCCACUCAUUCAUCUUUACGAUAUGCUUCAUUCAUUUAGCAUCUCCCUCCAGUUAGAUGUACUGCAUGAGCAAGCACAGCGUGCUCGGGCCAAGCGACCUUCCGAUCAGUUGGUCAUCGAAGCGUAUCGUCCAGGACACAGUAUGGUCCUUUCGUACUGGCACACGCUAAGUCGCAAUCAAUUUCAAGCCCAGCUUUGUUUGGACGGAAAACUCCAGCCCACAGCUUAUCUACUCAGUAUCCAUGCAGAUCCAGUCGAUCCCCAACGUCCACUUUGUGUGAGUCACCGACCAGAAUUACCAGAGACACAGUCCCAUCGAAUCGGGACCAUUUUACAGGGUAACCACUUGUCAAUCGAAAAGCUUUUGGCUCGUACUAUAAUCACUCGUGCAGAACACAUCUUGCAGGACAUUCGACAGCAGCUCAUGAUAUUCAGUCCUGGGCCAGUACAGUUAUCCGACGCCCCACUGUGCCUUCAUUUACCACUUUUAUGGCCCUGUUCUCCUCAAGAGUUUCUCCAGUUCCGAGUUGACCCUACACAGGGUACAGUUUGUGCUACAUGUCCUUUCCUGCUCACCUCCGAAGUGGAUGCCAUGCUCUUGGGUUGGUCGGCCCACAGCCAAGUAACUACAGUCUCGGGAGCGUCAUCCGAUGGAUAUUCCCGUUUUACUGUAUUGUCUGCUCUAGUAUCUUUGGAAAAUGCCUUGAACAGACCUUCCACGAGACGAGUUUGUCCCGUAUCGAGCAAUCCCCAAAGUUCCGUAGGUGACCAGUCUUUAGUUGUCGCCCAGUCACGUGGUCUUCGUGCCCUUGCUCAUACAGAGGCUCGUUGGCGUUCGAUCAUCUGUCAGUCGCUGGAGCAUUUACGCAUCUGUAUCGGUUUGGUUCGAUUGAUCAGGACGGCCAGGACACAUCGUCCGUUUUGGCAACCGGCCAGACGGUCACUUCCACUGAUCUUAUCUCCUGUCCAAGCGAAGCUAGCAAGAGACUCAUCGUCGUUCUGGGCUACAUUGAUUCGGUUGCAACAGUCUUCUAUGUGGCCAAUCGUAUUUGUUCAGCUUUUUCCAAACGACGAAUACUAUUUGACGUGUGAGGUUGUGUCAAAACCUUUAGGAGUGGAUUAUCGGUAUCAUCUUAUGGUCUGUACUGCCGUAGCCGAUAACUCCGUCAUUUCGGUGGACGCAGAUGGUCUACUGAUCUCGUGUGCGAACUCAAACGUGUCCGCGCCCGCGUUAUACCCUACAUCGACUGGCCUGUUUCUUCAAGUCACUCAUCUUGUUCCCAUUGAAACCGGUUCCGUGUGGUUCCAUAAUCCCUCAGCUUCGAUUGGUCUACUCAAGUCGUGCGCUGAUAAAGCUCGAGAAAAUGCUUUAAAAAAACGGUCAUCACGUGUGGCUGAAUUGUUAAAUCGCAUAAAAACGCGUUCUGUCCAGUCUGUUGAGUCUUCUGCGCACCCGGUCGAAUCCACCACGGAGAACACGCAGCCGGUAGUACCAGCACUUAGCAAACUCGUUGGAAUGCUGGAGGAGAAUAUUCUCAGUACUUGCUUUGCAUUAGAGCUAUCUCGAGCAGGAGUUAUACACGAUGGCGUGCAGUACGAUUGUAAUGGCUGCCUUUCUGCGAUUCGCAUACGCAGUCUGCCAUCCUCUCCACCGCCGUGGCAACCUCCAGGAGUGAUCCCACUGUCCGAUUUCGUUCAUGAUAUUGUACUUCGACCUUACUUUGAUCCUUUCACACACCGUCGUAGUUGGCAGCUAGACCUGUUAUUCACAGGUUUGGUACCUACCCGCGCACGGCGGAUAAUAACCGAUCGGCCUAGGCGAGACGCACAACAAUCCGGUAGUCUGCACCAGUUGCGGCAUCAAACGGCUGAGUGGUUCGUCACCAAACUGGAAGAUUAUGCGAUUGUGGUAGAAAAUGUAAUUGCUGAGUGGGAUAGUCUGUGCGUGAUGCAUGCUCUAUCCUAUCAUGUGGUGAAUAAUCCAGAACUCCAUCUGCCUCGUUUUGUGUCUCUUCAGUCUCAUUUCAACCUGAAGACGCUGUCACUCGUCUACAAUACCUACUACAUGGUUGAGAUCUCUUUCCGUCCCGAGCAAGGUUUCGCAAUCGCACUUGGAUUUACUCCAAAUUUUUCACCUAAAAAUGCUACCAGUAGUGACGUGACAGUAAGCUUGACGGAACUGCCGAAAGACGUGGAUUCUAAUCCCCAUGUGGUCAUACGACAACAUUUGGAGGAGCUUCUUAACGCUACCAAAUCGGUCACCUCCCUUGCAAGAGCGCUCGUCCAUACGCUGCCUUUUGUGCGCGCGGUGGAACCACUUCGUGAUCGAACUUUGUCUACCAAUGGUCUCAAGCCUGCCAUCCAUGCCAAUGCUGUUCGACCUGUUCGAGGUAUGGUUCUGAUAGCACUGUCGGCUCAUGAUUUGGUUCUCAUCUACCGAGCAUCUUUGUCAUUGCGGAUUGUGCUCAGUCGUCAACGUCCGACAUUAACCAACAAUUUCGUAUCAGACACAGUGCCCGGACGUGAGGAGACUGUGCAACUACUAGAUGCUUAUCGUCAACUGGCUGAACACUCCUCAACGCCCUAUCGAGGUGUGACUCCAUGGGGUGAUACUCUGCUUAACGGUCUGGUCCCGUUGCCAGCGUUCUCGAACUUUCUCAAGGCCUUACAGGAAGCAUAUCAAAUGGACAUUGAAGCUGACGCUUGGAGUGGCCUUACGGUCAGCCAACUGGCGCAGCUCGUCCGUCCGCCUCGUGCAGCUGCGAAGCUCCUCAUGUCAUCUGACGGACGAAACCGGACAGCACGAAAUCCCUCGAACAACCAACGCGCCAAUAUUCCCGGCCUGCUCUCCCCUUUGGAGUCGUACCUCGCUUCCAGCUUACUUUUCCAUGCAUGUCUGUCAGCUAUACACAGUCUAGACGUUCCAAUAGCACCUUUAUCUGAAUUGGUAUCCGGUUCUGAUAUAGCUGACCAGAAUCUGACGGCUGAUGUUGUGCAAACCGGGUCAUUCGAAGCCCACUGGCCCUUGCCCGCUCUCACGACCCAUGUGUGUUUGCUUCCCCAGCGUACUGGUGUUGAUGUUGCCUGUUGGAGAUUGUCUCUUCGUCUUUCUUCCUUUCAAUCAUCCAAUACUGGGCCGACAGACUGCUGGCCACAAGAGACUUUAAACCUAAUUGAAGAAUUUUUCAAUGCUCGAGUGUGCGCUCCCCCGUUCCAACCUAGUGCGGUGGCCUCCUUCUUCCGUCUUCUGACACUCCCACCUCGAGCGUUUCGCAGCAUUGUUCGGCUUUUACCAUUUGAUCUUCACCCACCUACCCACGCUGCCGUUCACAUCCGCCUCGGUCUAGUUGGUUUGGGCACUGGCAAACGCCCCGCUUCUAGUCAAUCGGGAGGACGAGCUACCACGGUGGCUAGUUCACCCAUGGACACCUCUGCGGCACUAGGAGGUGUAGAGCUCUUUCCCGGUCUGCCGGGCGUUAUUGUUCGACCUCCGAGAAUUACCCUACAACUGCUCGUUUCACGUACGCAACGACCUCAACUGUCUAAAUUCCCUGCACCACCGAUGGCACAACUUAUUCCCAUCUGCUACGACUGGGAUGCCAACCGAGUGGUCAUUUUGCCGGGCACCAGUGGCGCUACUACCUCAGGUUCAUCCCAGCCGGGACGUGCCGAUUCCGCGCCGAAUUUGUAUCAGAUUCUUCGCGAGGCUGAUGUAGAAGCGAACUCAAACAUGAUGGCUUCGAACAGUGGGGAAUCUGCUCUUGUACAGCUUGCCCUUCUCGUCACUCAGACUGCAGCUGCUGCCUCCACAACGUAUGCAUCAACUGCGGGAGCAACUGUCGGCUCAGUAAAGCCAGUUUACGGCUCAACAUAGACUUACCCUAACUUGUCCCAACUUACAUGACACUGUACAUAUGCUAAUCACUUGGUCACCUC